CCCCUCGCCUGCUCAGCAACCAUGCGAGCGGAUUCGGAAGCAGCGCCGCCACUCUAGCCCUGCCCUCUCGUUGCGUUCCUUUUUUUAUUCCCUUCCUUCUUCCAAGGCUGAUUUCUUGUUGGAGGACUCGAAGGGCUGCCACUCUAUGGCGACGGGCAUUCUCCUUUAGGGCAGGAGCCACGGCCAAGCUGCUCGUUCCGCUGCCGGCGCCGAAUGCCCAGUGCCUUCACUUCAUUGCCGCCAAUAUGCUGCCAUCUGCCUCCAAGGAUGUUCUGCUAAUCCUUGCUUUGUCUGUGGCUUCUUCCUGCUCUCAUGACUUUCUGUACCACGACUAUUGCAUUAUUGGUGCUGGCCCCUCAGGACUUCAAAUGGCUUAUUUCCUCCAGCAUGCAGAGCGGGACUAUGUGGUCUUUGAACGUGAACUGGUUCCAGGACAUUUCUUUACUUUGUAUCCGCGCCAUCGCAAGCUAAUUAGCAUCAACAAACUGUACACUGGCAAAUCCAACAGGGAAUUCAACCUUCGUCAUGACUGGAAUUCACUGCUCAGUCAUGACAGCCGACUACUCUUCCGACAUUAUUCUCAGGACUUUUUCCCUCAUGCCGAUGCCAUGAUUCAUUACCUCGCUGAUUUUGCUUCCAUGCUAGACCUACAGGUACAAUAUAACACGUCUAUCACUCAUGUGAUGCUGGAAAAAGACAGCAAGGCAUGGAAUGAUCAUUAUUUCAUCCUCACUGAUCAGAAUGCUCAGCUAUAUAAAUGCAGCGUUCUUCUGGUGGCCACAGGAACAUGGAUCCCUCAUGAAGUCAACUUCCCUGGUUCGAAAUACGUUGAGGGCUAUGAGUCUGUGUCCACUGACCCAAAAGAUUUUGUUGGCCAGUCUGUUUUGAUUUUGGGCCGGGGAAACUCUGCCUUUGAGACGGCAGAUAAUAUUUUGGGUGUCACCAAUUUCAUACACAUGGUCAGCCGCUCCAGGGUUCGCCUUUCUUGGGCUACUCAUUAUGUUGGAGAUCUGAGAGCAAUUAACAAUGGCCUCCUAGAUACAUAUCAGUUGAAGUCUCUAGAUGGGCUCCUGGAGGGUGACUUAGAAGACCUGGUCCUCAUCAAGGAUGAAAAUGGGAAGCUGAAAAUCACCCUCCGGUUCUACCUGGAAAACAGCAAUAGAAGUGAAGGAGAGACGGUCCUCUUUCCACAGGACAAGCUGGACAACUUUGCUGCUCGAGCACCUUACGACCGUGCCAUUCGCUGCUUGGGUUGGAAGUUUGAUUUCUCUAUAUUCGAUAAGUCUGUUAGACUCAUGCGAGGCAAAGACAACAAAAAGAAAUAUCCCUUGAUCAAGCCCAGCUAUGAAGCCAAAGCCACUCGAGGUCUCUUUGUUCUGGGCACUGCAAGCCAUUCAGUUGACUUCAGGAAAUCUGCUGGUGGUUUUAUUCAUGGAUUUCGAUAUACAGCUCGUGUAGUUCAUCGCUUAUUAGAGGUCCGUCACCAUGAAAUACCCUGGCCUUCCACUGUCUAUCCCAUUGCUCAGCUAACAAAUGCCAUUGUGAAGCGACUAAACGAGGCAUCUGGACUUUACCAGAUGUUCAGUGUGCUGGCAGAUGUCAUCCUGUUAAAAGAAAAUGCCACAGAAUUUGAAUACCUGGAGGAAUACCCAGUUGGGGUCCUGCAAGACCUGGAAUGGCACACAGGAAGAAAGGUUCAGAAUGGACUUUUUGUCAUCAUGUUGGAUUAUGGGAAGAACUUCUCUGGGCCAGACAAGGACGUCUUCUAUUACAAUCGUGCCGUGGGGGAACCACAGCACGCCUGGCAGUCCAAUUUCCUGCACCCUGUCAUUUAUUACUAUAAACGCCUUCCCACUGAACGUGAGAUGAGACUUUGCCCACCAGACCAGCCUCUGCCCCGUCCAGAUGCAAUCCAUCACAUGGUGGAGGACUUCUUGACAGAGUGGACUGCGCCAAGUGCCCACAUCCUGCCACUCCGACGGUUUCUGGAGAAUUGCCUGGAAACAGAUCUGCGUAGAUUCUAUGGAGAAUCCUGCUUCCUCUUUGCCUUAACCCACCAGAAGUUGCCUCCCUUCUGCCAGCAGGGAUACAUGAGAAUGCAGGGGCUCAUGGGUAAUGAGAGACUUCACCGCUACGGAGUAGAAACUGGACACCUUGAGGACUAUGCUGCUAUGGAUUCCUCCAGCGAGCAGGCGGAGGGCAGUGUCCUACCGUUUCACCAGUUGUUGGACAAUCACAUCGUAUCAGAUCACCGACGACACCGUCUCACGAGCACCAGAAAUGAACUUUAACCUAUCUCCAAAAAUAGCAAAAUCCACAAGUAUUGCUGUUAAGAUGCCAAGAUCUCCAGAGGACCUCCAAUUUCUUGUAUGUUCACUUGUAUGUUACUGCUUCUUUCUAGGGACCAUGGAUUGCCAAAGACUUCUGUAGAUCAUUUGUUAUUUGUGAAGGAGGUGAAGCUUUACAGGAGGUAAGCAAAGGCUGCAGCUCAAGAAUACUGAGACAUUCCUUUCCUCCUAGCCUCAUUACUUGAUAAUGGUAUUGCAUUUGUGUUUAUACUGAGCUGUCUCAAGUUUAUUGAGAGAUACCUUUAAAAAGAUACACAGGUGACUGGUCAUGAAUGUUCAGUUGCAUGUUUUGUGGUGAUCCACAAAAGAAGUCAGUCAUAGGUGCUAUGUGUGUUGUGUUGCUGCAUAUACUUACAGAUGCGUAUGUGCAUGACUCUACAAUCGGGUUAAUAUCGGCUGGGCAAGCAAUUCAAGGGCUGGUCUUAAAAGUCCAAAGCAUGGAAAUGUUUAUCUAUUGUCUACAAGGCAGGUCUCGUGGCUCUAACUGAGUAGCAGAACCUGUAUCCAUUCAUACCAGUUUGGUAAGGUAUGCUAUUGCCAUAGUGAGAUCAUUCUGUGGAAAUGCUGUUCUGUCUCAAGAUUCUCUGCUCAAGAGGGAGAGUUCUUGUACCUUUGACAAAUUAUCCUCUGAUUUGCACUAUACAUUGUUAGAAAACUUUACAUUAUUCCAUUUAAUUAAAAUGAAAUCGUAUUUCUAAUUGAAAUUGUAUUUUUGAUAUCUCCCUUCACAUUAGCUGGGGUUAGGGACACAGGGCCCCUGCAAAAGUGGAAAAAAUACAAACAAAAGCACUGCUGUUUUAUUUUUAGCCUGAGAGAAUAUAUCCCUAGGAAUCACUACAUUCUCCAAUGCAACUCUGAUCAAUUUCUGCCAGAGGUUGACCAUAUAGUCAUGCUGAAGAUCCUAGAAAUGUUUAUGGGGAAUAUAUUACAGGCAGUCCCUAAGUUACAAACAUCUGACUUACAAAGGAUUCAUAGUUAAAAUGAGGGUGAGGCAACAGGAAGUGAGAGAAAUCUACCCUAUCCUGAAAGAGUUAUCAUGGGGAAAAGGUAUUUCCACUGAAACUUUGUCACCAAGCCUUGUUUCCACAUCAAGCCAAAUUUUUCAAAAUCCAGUGGUCACAGGGACAGAAAGUGGGGUGAAAUCUUCUGAACAGGGGCACAGACAGCAAAGUAAACAUCACAUUCCUAUUCUAUCCAAAGCUUUUAUACACACACACAUGCCCACCACUUGUGUUUUUCCACUUUCACAGGGGUUCUGUGACACCUUUCCAUUACCCAGUGACAAGAAUCCAGUAUUCAGGGGCAAAAAUCCAUCACUCUAUUGUUCACCUAUAAAAUACAAUUGAGGUUCAGUAUCCACAAUUUUUGCAGCCAUGGAUUCAAUCUUCUAUAGCUUGAUUUUUUUUAUCCAAAAAGCAUACCUUGAUUUUGGUGUUUUAUAUAAGGACACUGUUGCACUAAGUCAUUAUAUAUAAUGGGAUUUGAAUGUCUAUGGAUUUUGGUAUCUAUGCGGGGUGGGUCCUAAAACAAAAUCCCAGCAAAUACCAAGGGCCCAGUGUAGCUAUAUCUUUAAUCUCCCAUUUACUCUUAAAAAUGAACAUAGAAGAGGUUUCGGCACUGACAGAAAUACUGCUGAAAGCAGUGGCCGUUCCUCACAACAUGGACAGGGAGGAGUAGAUUAGCACAAGGAGUCUCUCCCCAUAACAACAUAAAUGGGCUUCAGCUUGCAUGAUUUUUUAUCAUUGGUUGUUUGGUUAGGGCAGGUGGGAUUUGUAGUAUGGUGUUUUGGUAGGGGGCCAUACAAAAGCAAACUACAUGUAUAGUUUGCCUUUAAUUACAAUUUUGUUUUGUGUUUUAUGUUAUUUCAUUUAUACCUGUAUGUUAUAAUUUUAUGUUACUUGGUGCUGCUACUGAUUUUGGUUAAUUUUUGUGUAUUUUCUGUAUUCUGUCUUGCACUGUGUUGCCUUGUAAACCACCAAAAGUCUUUUUGGGGAGAUGGGGCAAGAUAUAAAUAAAAUUGUUGUUUUUUGUU